AUGCGGCGGAUCAUCUUGUGGACGUGCCCGCGAUGCGUGAGCACAGCGUUUGAGCGCUGCUUCAUCGGCGUAGAGGGGGUGAAGGUGUUCCAUGAGCCCUACGGAAACCCGUUUUAUUACGGCGCGGAUCGCGCACAAACACCGGAGGCCGUUGGGUUCGCGCCUGGCAUGGACACCUUUGAUGGCGUGCUUGCAGCGCUGCGUGCCGACUAUCCGGGUUUCCACACGGUGUUCUCAAAGGACAUGGCCUACUACCUGCGCAACAAGAUGAACGCCAAAUACCUUCGCGGCUUUCAGCACACGCUCCUGAUGCGCCACCCCUGCAAGACGGCCCUGUCGCUGUGGACGAAGAGCCGGUGUGAGCCCGACACGGGCGCCCCCAACGCCAGCACGGGCUGGACGUUCUUCGACGUUCGUGAUCUCGGCUAUCGCGAGCUGUACGACAUUGCCGACUUUGUUCUCAACCACCGAGAGGAGCAGCAACAACAGGACGGGGCGGACGACGACCUCUUGCUGGAUCCAAGUGGAAUGAUGCGCGCGUACUGCGCAGCGACCGGCCUGCCGUACGACGCCGGCAUGCUCACGUGGGAGCCCGGCCCCGUGGAGGCGUGGAACACGUGGCCCGGGUGGCACGACGAUGCGCUGCGCUCCACGGGACUGCAGAAACGCGAGCACCGGAAGCCCGCGCCGAGCGUGGCAGAGGUGGUGGCUGCGAUGAAGGCGGACGUGUGCACGCUUCCACACCACCACGAGCACUACAACUGGCAGGAGAUCCAGGCUGAGCUGCAGCACGCAGUUGAUUUGUACGGGAAGCUCUAUGCACACGCACUCAAGCUGGAGUGA